ACGAUCAACAACCAAUCGAAAAAUCAAAUGUUAGAGAUUAUAUCUCACCGCCUUCCAGUGGUAAAGUAAAUCAAUCUUUGAUUGAUUUAACUCUGGUUUCUGAAGAUCAAUUAGCAUUGUCUUCUUUUACUGCUAUUAAUGCUUCACUUCCACCUACAACUGGUUGUUCUCUUGAUACGUCGAAAACUGAACCAGUAUUUGAAAUGAAUCUUCCAAUCGACCCAACAACAUCAAUCAUUGCACAUCCUGAUGAUGUAAAUUGUCAGUUGAAAUCAGGAAUAUCAAACCCUAAUGUUUCCAUUCUUAUUCAAAAAUCAGAUAGUCAUCAUGUUAAGAAAAUCAGUGCCAUGGCAUGUACAUCGAUGUCAUCAUCUAAAUCACAUGGACGUAAUGAGUCGUCAACUUCGUUUAAUCAAAAUCGUCAUCAACAGGCUCAUGCAAAUCGCCAACGCGUAAAAGAAUUUGAUCGAAUUCAUCGUGAACGUUUAAUGAAACAAAAAAAUUUGAAUCGAACAGCGGUUUAAUAAUAAUAUGAUUACUUUUUGAUACUUCAAUGACAGAUAUAAUUAAUAUUACACUUUAUUCAAGAUUCAUUUGAAAAGUUUUUUUCGCAUCAACAUUUUUUGACGUUUUCCUUUUUUUUCCUAUUCAAAAUAAAGUCUUUCUGUUUUAUUAUGAAUUGAUGUGAAUGAUUGUAUAUUUGGGGUCAGGAAUGUAAUACAUUCAAAUCAUGUUUAUUUUCGGUCAGGGUUUUGGAG